AUUGCGCGGGGCUCUUGAAAUAGCGGACAGGUAACGUUAGAUGAAGGAACAGUGGGAUUUUUCUCACGUUUUGAGAUAUUUCAGGCUUCUUUGAGCACAAGUCAUUGAUGAAAGUGAUGUGUACUACUUUAUUGCCUCUCUAGCAGCGGUUCAUCUCUGAAAGUAAACUUUUAGUGAUGAAGGAGUCAGUACAGCAUGUCGUGGUGGGGUUCUGUGUCGGCGCUGUCAGUGUGGGCGUGGCCGUUGCUGUCGCACACCGGCUCCGAUGGGUGCACUUCUCCGCCAUCAGGAGUGGAACCAAUCACAAGCCAGAACCAGAAGGAGGCUCUGAGCGAUCGGGUACUGAGGGCGAAGCCACGAGACCUGCAGCUAUCCAGGCUGAUGACGUGUUGAGCCGAGAGUCGGCGCAGGCGCUAAACGAGGCACGGGAGACCAUACUGACCCUCCGGGCGCUGGGCGGGGCAGACCAAGUCAGCGAGGACGUGGGGGGGAACAGCAUCAACUACGCAGAGAGUCAAAACAUCCUGAACCUUCUGUACAACAUUGCAGAGGACCAGGCUAGGAAAGAGGGUUAUGUCCACAGAGGGAUCACCUGUAACAUCUGUAACACCAGCCCUGUCUGUGGGACCAGGUACAAGUGUGGUAAUUGUGUGGACUAUGAUGUCUGUGAGAGGUGUGAGCCGCUGGACAUCCACGACAAGAGUCACAUGUUCAUCAAGAUCACCAUCCCCCUCCCUCCGCUGGCCAGCCCCCGGGCAGCCCUGUUCAAACCACUCUUCACAGGUUCCACAGCCAGAGACCACAGUCUCCAGCCCAUCUCAUGGAGCCAUGUGAAAAGGCUACAGAAAAUCACACACUUUGAUCACUUUGAGCUGGAGGCGCUGUAUGAACAGUACCGCUGUCUGUGUGACCAGGACGCCGUCAUCAAGAGAGACACCUUCAACUUCUGCCUGGGACCGCUGGGGACCCUCAACAACCUGGUACUGGACAGGCUAUGGCAGUUCUAUGACUUCAAUGACGAUGGAGUGAUCGACUUUGAUGAUUUUGCAAAAGGCCUGUCUGUCCUCGUGAAGGGUACGCAAGAGGAAAAGGCCAGAUUUGCAUUCCAGGGUUAUGACAUAGAGAAGAAAAACUCCCUCAGUAGAGAAAACCUGACAAAGUUGUUAAAGGCAUAUUUCCAAGUCUCCAUCGAGCUAGUAAGAGACGUGGUAAAGGCAUGUGAAGAGGAGAUGAUGCUAAACUUUGAUGACAGUCAGGGGAAACCUGUGUCGUCCCUGUUCAAUGCUCCCAUCCCCUCCACCACUGGUCAGCAGGGCAGGACAGCCAACGGGAAACCUCCUAUUCCUGGGAACCCUGGAGCCACGAAGAACAUGUGGCCAGUCAUGGAGGCCAUGUCCCAGGAUGCUAUAGAGGAGAUGGUGGACAAUGUGUUCAAGGAUGCCAAGCUGGAGGCAGGAGACAGGAUGUCGUACCAGGCAUUUAAGGAGCUGAGCACUAUCGACAGUUCGCUGAUGUCAUGGUUUGAUGCUCUUGGCACAGUGUUCUAAGCAAGCACCGAAAACUACCUACAAAAUAUCACCAUUAUACUGCUGGUGUCACAGGGGAACAUAUCAGAUUCUAUUUAUCAAUAUUCAAACAAGUACAGUGUAUCUAGAGAGCCUUUCCAGGCCUAUUUUUUCACGUUAGCAAAGAAAUCAAUGCCAGACAAGUUUAUUUUUUUCAUGCUUGAGAUUAUGUUGUUGUGUUUUGACCAGCUAUGUCAUAAAACUAUGCAAGUAUAGAGGUAUGAUGUGUAUUUUAUUAACCACCAAACUGUUACAGGGAAAAAAACGUGUACAUUCUGUCAACAUUUGAACAUGUCAUAACAGCAUAUAUCUGUUCAAAUGUGGUUUACAUACAUCAUUAGAACAGUACCUUGUUACUCUGGUUGUCAGCAAAAGUAUGAAUUUGGCUAUGGUAGUUUGUGUUUAUAAUGUACAGAUAUUUGUGUUGAGACUUUGAAGUGGUCAGUAUUGUAGUUAGGGGGGGUGUCAAAGAAGGUGGAAAAUAUGCACUUGUUAUGCAGACAGUUCUUUUCCUGCAAACUUUGAAUGGCAAAAGAGUUGACACAAAAAGAGGAGAAAAGUUCACAAACUGUUAACUGCAAAAAUAUUGUACAAACAUGUUGACACACAGUAGCCUGUGGAGUGAUUUAUUUUUGAGUGGCAGAGUAACAAUAUCUGUGUUUGUGAUGAUGAUAUGUUGAAGUUCAGAGAUGAUUUUUAGUUGCUGUUACAGAAAUCCUUCAAUUCCAAUACAGAUCUUUUUCCUGACACAUGUGAAA